GGCUAUUUUACUUGCAACAAAAUUAAUCUUUUUCUCUCAUCAAUGUCCUUACCAACUCCUAAUCUGAACUUUGGAAUUUUUUAUCAUCAACUACUUCAGCUUCCAAUUACUAUUUGUCUUCCUCACAACAAGGAAUAGGAAUUGAUUCUGCAAAUUAUUCUAGCUACCUACCUGCCUACUGUUCAAAUUAAAUAUUCAUGGAGAAGAAAAUAUUGUUCGGCAAAUACGAAACUGGGAAACAAUUAGGCAAAGGCACGUUCGCCAAAGUUUUCCAUGCAACAAACCUUGCCACUGGUGAAAACGUGGCGAUCAAAGUGAUCAAGAAAGAGAUAGUGAAAUCUCAAGAAAUGAUGGAACAAAUCAAGAGGGAAAUCUCUGUUAUGCGCCUCGUCCGCCACCCUAAUAUUGUCGAACUCAAAGAAGUCAUGGCAACAAAAACCAAGAUCUUCAUUGUCAUGGAAUUCGUGAAGGGUGGUGAACUCUUUGCAAAAGUAGCCAAAGGAAGGCUCAAAGAAGACGUGGCUCGAAAAUAUUUUCAGCAGUUGAUAAGUGCUGUUGAAUUUUGCCACAGUUGUGGUGUUUCUCAUCGUGAUAUAAAGCCAGAAAAUCUCCUUCUUGAUGAGAAUGAGAAUUUGAAGGUGACAGAUUUUGGGCUAUCGGCUUUGCCAGAGCAAUUGCUAAACGAUGGGCUUCUAUACACGCAGUGUGGAACUCCAGCGUAUAUUGCACCUGAGAUAAUAAGAAAUAAAGGAUAUAAUGGUGGCAAGGUUGAUAUUUGGUCAUGUGGAGUCGUAUUAUAUGUUCUUCUAGCAGGGUGUUUACCUUUUCAAGAUGCUAACCUUGUGAAUCUGUAUAGAAAGAUUUUCAAAGCUGAAUAUCGAUUUCCCCCUUGGUUAUCUACAGAAGCAAAACGUUUAAUAUCUAGAAUAUUACUCCCUAACCCACAAAAGAGGAUUAGUAUAACUGGAAUAAUGAAAGACCCUUGGUUUAGGAAAGGUUUUAAAUUGACAAUUUAUAAUGGGAAUAUUUCUUCAUCAUCAUUAAUUCAUGAUUAUGAACACGAUACAAUUUCUAUGUUAGAUAUGUUUGGAAGAUCCGACGAAUAUUUAAAGCAUGGAGGGAUGAUCAAAUCCCCCUCUUCCCCAGCCUUAUUAAAUGCUUUUGAAUUGAUCUCAUCAAUGUCAGCUGGCGCCAAUUUAUCAAGCUUGUUUGAGAACAAGAAGAAGACAGAGUCCAUUUUAACAUCCAGGUGUUCAGCCACAAUCAUCAUGGCCAAGAUUCAAUUGUUGGCCAAGAAAUUGAAUUUUAAGGUUGCAAGGGUCAAUGGGUCGACCUUGAGGCUGCAAGGUUCCUCUGAUAGUCAGCCGAAAGCACGGACGUUAUUGGUUAACAUAGAGGUGUUCAAGGUGGCUCCAGAAGUGGCUGUCGUUAAGUUCUCAAAGAUCUCAGGUGAUUCACAAGAGUACACCAAGUUUUUUGAGGAGGAGGUAAAACCAAAUUUAAAGGACAUUGUUUGGACAUGGCAUGCCGAGCAAGUGUUAAGUGGUAUCUGUGACAAGGAAGAGUGCAAAAUUCCCAUCAAGUGUGCUAGUUGCAAGGAUUUAACCCAGAAUAAGCUAGAAGAAAUUGACAAUAUAACUGCCAAUUUCUCAUCCAGCGUGUGAUAACAACAUAUAACUCACUAUUAACAAUUGCAUUUGGUUUCUAUGUCAUCUAAACCAAAUAUUAAUUGUAUAUGAUUCAAUAGAGGAGGGAUAAUACAUAUCUUUUCAUAGUGCUA